AUGGCUCCGGUAAAAAAAGGCUUGUCAUAUGUCUUGGGCUACGGGUCGCCCCGGGAAAACCACAUUUUGCCGAUAAACGCUAUACAAUACAGCAGUGUACGUGGCCAGCUAGUUACUGGGGGAAGAGACGGUUUGGUCAAAGUAUGGAACACUCCGAAACUGGAUCAAACAUCUUCCGACCUAUGGUUCUCCUCGGAGGAUGAGGAGCCCGAAGACUUGGAUGAAAGACUCUUGAAACUUGAAACGGCAAUUUCCUCGAACCCGCUUCGGUACCUGGAUCUGGUGGCUAUGCUAGAAGAAAAUUCAACGAAAAGUUACAAUAUACAUUUUGACUGGAUUAACGAUUUGAAGCUUGUCAAUAACGACCGCCAUGCAGUUACGGCUCUGGCUGACUUGUCAUUGAAGUUGAUUGACUUGGAUGGAGGCGAGGGUGAUGUGCUUAAAUUCGAAAAUUUCCACACAGACUACGUUAAGAAACUCUCAGCUAUUGCUCCCCAAGACUUAGUCAUUAGUGGCGGCUUGGACGGAAAUGUCGCCAUAUGGGAUUUACGCACGUUGAGACCCAUCCAAUCUUUUACAAACAUUUCGGCAAAUUCAAAUUUGCCAACGUCUAUUUACUCCUUGUCCAACGACCAUGCCAACCUCAUAUCUACAGGUGGACCUAGUAAUACCAUCAACAUAUACGACAGGCGUAUCUCCUCUCAGGGAAAUGAAAAUUUGAUCAGAAAAUUGGUCGGCCACCAGGAUAAUGUUCGGUGUCUCUUGAUGAACUCAAAUUUUAUCUUAAGUGGCUCCACAGACACUACUGUCAAACUCUGGGACUUGCGCAACUUCAAAGUCUAUAAAAAUUUCGAUUUCCAUGAAGAUGCAGUUUGGAGUCUUUGUACUGCAAGCUCUUCGUCUCCGUCGGAAUCUUUGAUGGCAUCAGGCGACCUCAAUGUAUUUUACUCCGGCGAUAAAUCAGGAAACAUCAUCAAGACGGAUUUGUCGAGGCUUUCCGAUAACCACUUACAUGAUUCCAAAAGCGCCCAAUUUUCAGAAAGCUCGUACACGGACGAGAGAAUUGGCGUGUCCACUUUAGUUGCAAAGACAGAUUCUCCCAUUGUUUCACUUGGCGUAGAAUGCGAUAAAUCCGUCUUCGCGUCGACAUACACUUCUUUGCAAAGGUAUCAUGUUCCCAAGACCGAUCAGCUUACGGAAUACCAAUAUCUCAGGACAAAGCUAGAUUAUUUGGCAAAUAUUGAAACGCAAUUAGAUGACGAUAUUUCUGGUGGCAUGAAAGUUUCGCCCUCAGAUAAAACUGAUUUGGACUCAGAUUUUUAUGAUAUCGUCAGUCAUUUGUCAAUGGAUUCAAAUAACCUUGAGAUUCAGUCGUCACUUUCUGUACCAAAGUAUGGUAAUCCUUUUGACGUCAAGUCAGAGGAAAGUACAGGUGAGUAUUACUCAAUGUUCUUUACAGACGACGAAUUACCCUUCAAUUUUGUCAAUGUCUUUAAGGAUGAAGAACCAUCUACAGAAAAAUUCGAAGAGAAGGCUGAAGCUGUCGUGGAUACAAUUCCGGUAGAGAUUUCGUUGAAUCCUAUUCCGCCAGCCGACAUUGUCACAAUUCCAUUCAAUAAGUAUCCUUUUCAAGAACUUAAGCUCAGUCCAAAGUCAAUUAUUGCAAAGAGAAUACUCAAUAACAAGCGGAUGAUAUUCACAUUGUGUCUUAAUGGAGAUAUUACAAUUUGGGAUUUGUUAGUUUGCAAAGAGAGAAAAGUGUUUCCAAAUGCCCAAAACAAUCGCCCGUUGACGAAAGAUGAACUAAAAGAACGGACCGAGAAGAUGGAGUCUCUCUUCCAGGAGUAUCAAACCAUGGACACUCUUAACGAUUGGUGUGAAGUCGAAAUCAAAUCAGGAAAAUUGUUUGUUAGCUUAGUGAAUCCUUUGGUGAAUGAUGUCGAAGUAUAUUACGAUGAGCUUGUGAGGGACUACCCCUAUCUUGCAUAUGAAAAGUCACAGAAUGGAAAAGGAUAUGAUUCUUCAAUUAAGGUCACCAUUGACGAUCGCUUUCUGUUGUGCCGUAUUUUUCUCAAUUCAUUAUUACGCAACUACUCCCUCUAUGAGUGGAAGGCGGACCAGCAAUUGCGCACAGAUUUAGUGAACUACAGAAGCAAAUCAAGACCAGGAACUUCUCCUUUGGAUGAUGAUUCACUCUCUGUUGCUAGUGGGGACGAUACACCACGAAGACCAAAGUCCUUAUUCAGAAAGUCGUCGCGGAUUGUUCCUACGCAACAUAGUGUCAAGCUGUCUAUGAGUUCAAUAACUUCAGUUACAAGCAACCUGAGUGAUGUGACUUUGGAUAAUACUACCGAUGGUGCAAGUAUCUCUGAUGAUUCCAUCUCCAAGUUAUUAUUGUUAAACAAGAAACUGUACAUUGAGUUUUUCAACACCCAUGGCUCCAAAAAAGCGUUGAAAACUUCUUUAAGGUUGUACACAAAUGAUCCUGAGUUGCAGGCAGCUAAGCCGGAUGAUGAAAAGUAUAAACCAUUGAUUCCUUUGUCUGUUUACUCGAAAGAGUUGCUCAUUAUCAUAGCCGAAAAGUCACAAGACCUUGGCAAUUAUAGAGACCUUUGCAGCUUUCAUGUUGAAGAUCUUGUUGGUCUAACAUAUCCUCCGGCAAAUGAGCAUAACAGGCUUUUGGUCAAUCAAUUAAGAAAUGGUCUACCGAAAUGGAUUGGCCAGCCUAUUUUGUACGACAGGUAUGUACAUAAAGAGGCUCCAAAGUUAACCUUCCAUUUGAUGGAAAUGGAUUACUCGCAGCUUCCACCCGAUAAGAAGAUUGGAGGUAAAUCUCAGAAGAAAAUUAAACGCUUGCCGUUGGUGGUCAAUUCCACAAAGUUGGUCUCUCAAAACAUGCUUCGAGUGAACAAAAUUUUGUACUACGUUACUGAAAAAUUUGAUACGAGAACGUCGGAAAUGAAGGAGAAGAGGAAUCCACUGGAAUGGCUAGCACUCGAGUGCCGUGGGCAAGAACUACAAGGUAAUAUGACGCUUCAGACAAUCAGAACGAAAAUAUGGAAGUCUAGUGGCGACAUCGAAUUGCGUUUCCGUCGUAAGUUUGAUGCAUAG